AUUGCCGCCAGAAAACCCUAACUUCAGAUGAGCUUCGAGUUUCGCUGCCUCGCUAGCGUGCCGUCUUGUGCUGGAGAAGAUCUGUAUCCGCUUUGUUGGAAAGGCCAAAGAUAAAUAAUGAGUAAGCUUCAGAGUGAUGCGUUGAGAGAAGCAAUCUCAAACAUCAAGAGGGAUUCCAGCGAGAAAAAGCGUAAUUUUGUGGAGACCAUUGAACUCCAGAUUGGGCUGAAGAACUAUGAUCCUCAGAAGGAUAAGCGUUUUAGCGGUUCUGUGAAGUUGCCCCACAUUCCUCGCCCCAAGAUGAAAAUAUGCAUGCUGGGAGAUGCUCAACACGUUGAAGAGGCUGAGAAGAUGGGGUUGGACUACAUGGAUGUGGAAGGGCUGAAGAAGCUGAACAAAAACAAGAAAUUGGUUAAGAAGCUUGCCAAAAAAUACCAUGCCUUUUUAGCUUCUGAAUCCGUCAUUAAGCAGAUUCCCCGUCUUUUGGGCCCUGGUCUCAAUAAGGCAGGGAAAUUCCCCACACUUGUUACUCACCAAGAAUCUCUUGAGUCUAAGGUUAAUGAGACCAAGGCCAUGGUGAAGUUUCAGCUAAAGAAGGUGCUUUGCAUGGGAGUUGCUGUGGGGAAUGUUAGUAUGGAGGAAAAACAAAUCUUCCAGAAUGUACAAAUGAGCGUCAACUUCCUUGUUUCCUUAUUGAAGAAGAACUGGCAGAAUGUUAGGUGCUUGUAUCUCAAGAGCACAAUGGGGAGAUCAUAUCGCGUGUUUUAAUUGCCUCUUUCGAGUUUGCUGUGGUUAUAUCUAGCGUCCUAAAUCCUAGUAGUUGAACUACUUUUCUGGUGCAACAUUUUUGGUUGUAAUGCUCUUUACAUUUUGGUGUUCGUCGUUUUAUCCCAAGUUAAAUACUAGCCACAUUAAGAACAUCAGUUGUUUUUGUUUUCUUCGAUCUCAUAAUAUUUUUCUUUAAGCCUA